CAAGGAGAAUCAACAUAAUCUACCCGGACUAUGUAAGAAGACAAAAUGCUGCACAGAACUUCCUCUUCUUCACGGCGCCGCCGCGCGUCCCGAAGCGCAGCGACGUCUCCACAAGCUAGAUCCCCUAGAUCAUCAACUCAGCCCUCAAGAAGGGCGUCACUAGCGACCACAGAGACUGACGAUGAGCUAGACACCCCACCUCCACCGAGAAGCCCUCGAGCCAGCUUAGCUCCAGACGCUGCGGAAACCUACCAUAGAAGCCCCAGACAUUCUUUAGUCCCCGACGCUGCCAGAUCUCCAAGGGGCUCAAUAGUACCAGAAUCAGCACUCCAACCGAGGAACAGCCUAGCGCCAACCAGAAAUAACCUCGGCGUCGACAUCCCUUAUGGAUCCAGACUAAGUUUAAAUCCUCAAGAUUUCAACAGAAGUCCGCGAAACAGUUUAACUCCAGACAUGAGCGCGAGGAGCCCUCGUCGAAGCCUCGUGCCAGAAGCAACUGGCUGGAAUCAGCCAAGGAAUUCACUAGUGCCUGAUGUUGGAAGAAGUCCACGGCAUUCCGUCGCGAGCAUACAAAUAGAUCCAGCGAGGAGUCAGAAAGAACUGGGUCCCAGUCCAAGAACGAGUCCUAGAGGGAGUAUAGCUGAAGUUAAAGAGAAAGAGGAUAGACCAAAUAGGACACAUAGAGGUUCCUUAGUGCCAGAUCCUCAGAGGAGUCCAAGGGGAAGUAUUGCGGCUUCAGAGAGGAGUGCUAGGGGGAGUCUGGUGACUGGAGAGCUGGAAGCAGCCAGGGUCAGUCCGAGAGGCAGCCUGACGUUGACGUUCCAAGAGCCGUUGGUGUCAAGGGAGAGAAGGGCGAGCGAGGAUAGCCAAGCAGCUGGGUCGCGAGGCCGCAGCGUGUCACCCUACAGGGCUUCGGUGGCGGGCCGCCAGGGCGGAGUCUCCGAGUCGGGCUCUAGGAGGGCCUCCAGCUCGGUCAGUCAGGUAUCAGGCGACGAGCAGCGUCGCCUCUGCGGAGAACAGGCCAAGUACAACGAACGCAGCCUCGGACUUGGCGUCGGGUUGACCACGUACGGCUCCGUGGCGUACCAGCUGAAGGAUGCCAAUAUGGAGGCGUCGGGGACUAUGGACUUCGUGUGCCGAGCGGCUAAAAUUAUGAACAGGACAAUUCUCAUGACUGUCUUCCUGGCUUGUCUCUCCACGUUGCCCGUCAUCAUGAUGAUAAUGGGCGUUCAAUACAUCCGCGACUGUCCCGCCGAGCCCAGGAUCCCGGUGUACAUGGUGGUCGGCGGCGCGGCGGGCGGCGCCGGCAUCUGCUGGCUGCUGUGGGCUCAGCUCGCAAGCAGAUCUUCCACGUCUGAUGCCAGCGUGCCAGAGAAAAUACUGGGGUACACCUUGACGAUAUUCCUCAUGGGAUGGUUUGGAUUCGGCAACCUCUGGACGCUCGGCAUCAUGUGGCCCGACUUCGCGCCGACGCUCUUCGAGCCCAACAAGUGGUGCCAUCCGACGCUGUACGUGUUCGCGCUGACGCAGCUGGGCGUGGUGUGGGGGGUGCUCGCGUUGCUGGUACUGCUAUUUAUGGCGCUGGUUGUCUGCCAGGUAUUCGGUUGCGGCUGGCUCGGCCCGCCGCGGUACAAGUAGCAACGGCGGAGCGUCGUGCUAGAGCUCUGGCACCGCAACAUCAACAACACCAUGGACGUGGCCGGCGCGCUGCUGCCCUUCACCCAGCUGGCUCGGCCCGAGCUGACCAUCCACGUCCAGGAGGUGCUCACCCAAGCCGACAGAGACGCUAAAGUGAUCCCACAGAUCAAUGAACCCGAGAGUGAGAGAGUGAAUAAGCAGGCCUGAUGGUUGCUGGUCGUGUCGAAGCACGUGCAUUUUGAGGCGCGCGAUCAGAUUUAUUACUUCUGAGUAUGCUUGCUCAAGUUUAUUUGCGUGGUGACAACUUACAGUCUGGCAAAAAGGAGUAGAAAUUAAAGAGUGGCAACACUGUCGUCCCUUCCAAAUCAAUUUACAUAAGAGAAAGAACGGGACGACACUACAGUGUUGCCAGUUUUUAAUUUCUAAUCUAAUCUUUUUUGCCAGGCUGUAAAAGCCGCUGGAAGUUGCACGAGGAAUAAUAAAGGUUCCUUUUGUACCUUAUUGGUACGGAAUCCUAAAAACAGUCUGCUUGGAGUUUCCCUUUGAAGUAAGCUAGUUAGGAAACCAACAAAAAGGAAGUCGAACGCGCUACACAAUUCUCAAUUAGCUAGGAAUCGUUUGGAAGAAAGGGGUAAAAUACAAUUUUCGUCGGGUGACAAGCAAAAGUGACUAACUAACAUCAUUAAAAUUAUUGGACAGUAAACCGUGUUACAAGUGUAAUAAAGUGCAUUGUGACUUUAAUUUUUUGAUAGUACUUAGUGAGUUUUGCUUGUCACCCGACGAUUUACUGAUUUGACUGAAAUUGAAUUGAAAUUAAUUGAGGCUUGCAAAGUUUUAUGAAUAUUUAAUAUCUAAAAAAAAAAACGAAAAAUUUUGAGUGAUAUAAUUCAAGGUCUUUGCUUCAAAUUUUUGUUCUUCGUGUAACUUCUAGUGUUUUUGUAAGUUUCUUGCUGGUAUCGAACACGAUACGUAGUUUAUAUGUACAACGAAUAUUUAAUAGCGUUAGUUUUGUUGUAAAUAGUAGCUGGAUUAAACCAGCGAUGUAAAUUUGGAUUAUCGGUAUUAAAAACAUAUCUAGUGUUAUUUAUAAAUUCUAUAUAGUUUUAUAUAGAUUAUUUUGUGUGCACCAAUAUUUGUAUACCCACCUCGUAGCCGAUUCAGAUUUAACAACUUGUUACAGUUUUGAUCUCAUUUUGAUACGACCUAGAAUGAGAUUCGAGGUCCUUGGUACAAAAUAAAGUGAAAGUCGAGAUGCGCGCUAAUAGAGAAUAUAACGCAAAACUCUGCGUACGUGGCGGUGCUACCACUAUCUAUCACAAUCUGAGGGUCUACCCGCGAAACAAGAAAAUCGAAAUUUCGUCAUCUAACCUCUCUAUCACUCUUGCAUAUUCGAGCGAUAAAGAGGCAUGUAACUAAAUUUCGAUUUUCGCGUUUCCCGGUAGGCCCUUGUUAACAAACCGCCUUGAUGAAUGAAUGUCAUAUUUUAUUGUCUGUGAAAACUUAAAAAUAAAAACAGUUUAAGGCACAGUGUGUAUUAGUUACUCUAUGGUUUACUAGCUAGCUUAGUGCUGCGCUCUGGUGGCAGAACAUUGCAGUAAUACCCCCUAUUACAAAGGGUCACGUCACGGUCGUAUCAAAACCAGUUUAAACCACAACAAAUGGUUGAAUUAGAAUCGGCCUUGUAUCGAUAUUUUUGAAUGCGUGUUUGUCUUUAUCUUAAUGUUGUCAGAGUUAUCGUAGGUCGUGAUGAGGAUUACUCGAG